AUGGCCGCCGCCCUCCGGGUCCUCGCAGAGACAGACGUCCGCGACCCAAUACCGGCCAAGGUCCUCCUGUCGGCGCUGCAGGCCCCGCCCUUUGUGGUAGUCCCGGGCACCUUCAACACGCGGGACCUGGGCCUCCUCCUCUCCCCCGAGGAGGUGAAUGGCGGACAGGCGGGAGAAGAAGCGGCCGGAGGCAGGAUCCGCCCGGGCUUCAUCUUCCGCACCGGCGGGCUCGAGGCCCUGGCCCGCUCGCGCGACGGCCGGGCCGUGCUGCGCGACACCCUGAAUGUCCGGCGCAUCUUUGACCUGCGCUCGCGCGAGGAGCACUCCCGCGCCCCGGACCCGGAGGUCGAGGGCGUCGAGGGCGUGUGGCUCGGCGACGGGGUCGGGGCGGAGGACAACCCCAUGUUGGACCUGAGCCUGUUCGUCGAGGGCGAGGGGGAGGAAGGGUACAUUCACAUGUACAUGGACGUGCUGGACAAGUACAGCGGGACCUUCCGGGAGGUGCUGGCGAGCGUGAGGGACCGGCCUGGCGAGGCGAUCCUGUUUCACUGCACAGCCGGCAGAGAUCGAACUGGUGUGCUGUCGGGCUUGCUGGAGACGCUGGCUGGGUACGACGCCGAGACGGUGCGGACGGACUUCCUGCUGUCGCGGAUCGGCACCGAGGUGGCGCGCGAACACCUCCUCGCGUUCGCCAGGAAGCAUAGCAUGAGUGCUGAGGACGAUGACGACGGCUCGGCGUCCUUCGAUGAGGUCCCUGGGUUUCUCAACCUGGUCAGCUUGAAAGGUGCUUGCUGGGACGCGUUCGUCGAGGCUGUGGGGACGAAGUUUGGAGGCUUCGAAGGGUAUGCGACCAAGGUGCUGGGCUUUUCGAAGGAGGACCUGGCGACCAUCAAGAAAAACUUGAACGAAGCCCCUGGAUAG